GAUUUUUCCACUACACACAGAAUUAUUCACACAAUGGCCUCUCGAUACUCUGUUGCCCGCGCUGCGCGUCAAUUGACUUCUGUUGCUGCGAAGAGGCCGAGCGCUUUCGCUUGCCAGCAAUGGAGGCAGAUUGCUCAGACGCCCCGGCUAUUCACGGUGUCUGCACAAUUGAAGGAGAAGAAGUAUACCGAGGACCACGAAUGGAUUGAGGUGUCCGCCGAUGGCAAGACAUACACCCUUGGUAUCUCAGAAUACGCCGCGAAAGCCCUCGGUGAUGUCGUCUACAUCGAGCUUCCCCAGGUUGACCUCGAGGUCGGCGAGGGUGACGCUAUCGGCGCCGUUGAGUCCGUAAAGUCUGCCUCAGAUAUCCUCACACCCGUCAGCGGGACAGUCGCCGAGCUCAACUCGGCCCUCGAGGACAAGCCGGGCAACAUCAACAAGGACCCUGAGGGCGAUGCUUGGAUUGCCAAGAUCACUGUAUCAAAGGAGCCAACAGGCAAGCUGAUGAGCAAGGCCGAGUACAAGGAGUUCACAGAGGAGGCAUAAGAAAAAUCAUGAUGCAGAUAUCUUUGCACGUCAGUAACGAACACAUGAGCAUUGCCA